CUGAGGCCGAGGAAGAAAGAGCAUUGCUCAGUGCAGAUUAGCAGUGCUGCUGGAGAGUUCAGUCAUCUCGUCUGCGAGCUCCAGCCGAAACGUGACUGCGAACCUUUUAUUUAUUUUCUUAUCUUUAAAUCCCCUCCCCGAACAAGAUGUAGCUUCCAGCAGUACGCAAACGCCCACUAGAAUACGCUUCUUAAUUUCGCGACACUCGGGGAGAGCGGAUGACGUCCUAUUUUUUUUGCUUACGAAUGGAAGAUAUCGUGAAUUAUUAUGAGUACGUUAUAUCGGAGCCCCCUUUUUCUGUGAUUGUUUUUCCUGCGUCGUGGAUUUCUAACUUGGGAUUUACUAUCAAAUCGAGGCGAGUCCCUGCUCCGUGAAGGCAACGACAAGGAAUAAAUACGUACUCCCCAGAUCUGCGUACCGGGGAUUUAAAUAGUCUUUGGCGUGUUCUUCAAGAAAAAGCAUAAACGAGGAAAGGGAAAAAUUCAUGUGGCAAUUCUCUGUUUAGCAAACACGACUUGGAUCGCAGAAUGAGCAAGGAACGACCCAAGAGGAAUAUUAUUCAAAAGAAAUAUGACGACAGCGAUGGGAUUCCCUGGUCUGAGGAGCGAGUGGUGCGCAAGGUGCUCUACCUGUCUCUGAAGGAGUUCAAGAGCGCACAGAAAAGGCAACUGGGAGACGGGAUUGGAGGCAGACCCAAAACCGCAAACGGUUCGCUAGCGAAUGGCCAGCUGAACGGAUCAGGACCCAAAGGAAGCCCAUUGACGGGGAGCGAUAAGGAAGACGGGUCUCGGGGGUCAUCCCAAAGUACUGAUGGCAGCAGCGACUACUCGGAAGACGGCCCGGUCCGAAAGAGACCUAGGCUGCAAGCACAAAGGAAAUUCGCGCAGUCUCAGCCCAACUCGCCCAGCACAACCCCUGUCAAGGUUGUGGAGCCACCGUUACGCCCUCCAGCAUCUCAGAUCACUGACCUCUCCAAGCGCAAGCCCAAGACUGAGGACUUUCUGACCUUUCUCUGUCUCCGAGGCUGCUCUACCUGGCACUAUGAAGGCUCGUCUGCGUUGCCUAGCAAUAUGGCGUAUUUUGGAAGCUCUCAAGAUGAAGAGGAUCUGGAAGAGGAGGAGGAGGAUUAUGAGGAUGUGAAACCAGCUGCCAGUGUAGCAUCUACGUCCUGCCACUCUACUCCCAGGAAGAGCAAACUACAGGGCAAACAUGCCCACAACGGACACGUUUUCAAUGGACAAAGCAAACCGUCACGGGAGAAAGAAUCCACUCACAAACACAAAGGCAAGGAGGCCACGCCGGGGAAGGAGAGGAGUGACAAGGCCGAGGGGCGCCGGGACCAGGCCUCCUCCAGUGCAGCUGCUAACCACACAGGGCCUUCACUCAAGGGCCUGGCAACCAACGGCCUCUCUCACAGCAGAACGGCUCAGGAGCUUCGUAAGCAGGUUUCGAAAGUGAACGGGUUCACCCGGGCCUCCUCCGCAGGCGCGCACACGCCCAGUGCCAAAAAGACCAGAGACUUCCGACAGUCGCCGUCCAAAACUGUGAAGUACACAGCCACCGUGACCAAGGGCCACGUCACCUACACCAAAGCAAAGCGAGAACUGGUCAGGGAAGCCAAACUCGGUCACAGCAGACACACCGCCUCUCACCCCGCCCACCAUCACAGGAACCACCAUCACAGCCAUCACCACCCACACCCCCGCGGCAGUGCUGCGGCCCACCCUCGCCUCCCUCACUCCAACUCAGGAAAAGCUGAAAGAAGCAAUGCAAAAACUCGCAAACAGGUGCUAUUAUCCAAUGGGGUGCACAAGGCCAACGGGAACUGCCUGCGCCUCAACGGGAGGCUCAACGGGCGGCUCGGUGCCAAGGAGGAAGGCAGGCGGGUGCGCGAGGGCCUGCGACACUCGAAGAGGCGUCUGGAGCCCGCGGCGAGCGGCGGCGGCGGCGGCGGCCUCUCAGGGAAGCGGCUGCCAGUCGACGCCAAGAAGGCCAGGCUCCAAGCCCGCCCCCCCGAAACGCGCAGCAAGACCGCUCACCCGGAAAAGCCCCCGCCCCUGCCCCCAGCCCCAUCCCCGGCCCUGGCCAAUGGGCAUGUGAAGGAGGCGGAGGCACCCAGCUCAGAGAGACAGAGGCCCAAGAGGGCUUCAGCCAGCAAGUUGGUGUUUGGCAAACAAGCACACCACAAGGUGCAGGGCACCCCGGGUGAGAACUGUUCUACUACCUCAGCAACCGAGCCCUCCCCCACCCCUCAUAAGCCAGCAGAACCUAAAGUGGAGAAAGAGAAAGGCAAGACCGGCUGGUCCUCCAUGACUGAGGUGCCUGUCUUCAGGCCCAGCCACAAGGAGUUCCAGGACCCCCUGGUGUACAUGGAGUCUAUCCGGGAGCAGGUGGAGCCCUAUGGCCUGUGCAGGGUGAUUCCUCCCCCGGACUGGCGGCCGGAGUGCAAGCUGAGCGACGAGAUGCGUUUCGUCACGCAAGUGCAGCAUAUUCACAAGCUGGGCAGGCGCUGGGGCCCCAACGUGCAGCGGCUUGCCUGCAUCAAGAAGCAUCUCAAAUCUCAGGGCAUUACCAUGGAGGACCCCCCACUCAUAGGAGGCUGCGAGUUGGACCUGGCCCGCUUCUUCCAGCUCAUCAACGACAUGGGGGGCAUGCAGCAGGUGACGGACCUCAAGAAGUGGAACAAGCUGGCCGACAUGCUGCGCAUCCCCAAGUCGGCCCAGGACCGGCUAGCCAAGCUCCAGGAGGCCUACUGCCAGUACCUGCUGUCCUACGACUCGCUGUUGCCCGAGGAGCGCCGUGCGCUGGAGGAGGAGGUCCUGGCCGAGAAGGAGAACCUGGAGAAGAGGAAGGGCCCGCUGGAGGGCCACUCGGAGAACGCCCACAAGUCUCUGCUGCUGCCCCGGUACGAGCCCAAGAACGGGCUCGUUAACGGCGUGGUGCACAAGAAUGGCUUCCGCAAUAAGCUGAAGGAGCUGGACGCUCAAUUCAAAACCGGCAGACGGCGACUAUUUGCUCAGGAAAAGAAAGAGAACGAGGAGGAAAAUGGUGUUCUUAGUGACCAGCACAAGUGUAUAUACAAGGGGAGGUCGGUAUCCCUGACUACAUUCUACAGGACAGCCAGGAACACCAUGAACAUGUGCUUUAACAAAGAACCUGUGGCAGCUGAAGUCGAGCAAGAAUACUGGAGGAUAGUGGAGCAGAAGGAAUGCCAUGUUGCAGUGCAUUAUGGGAAAGUGGAUACCAACACACAUGGGAGCGGCUUCCCUGUGGCAAAGUCAGAGCCAUUUUCAAAGCAUGGAUGGAACCUUACAGUCCUUCCUAAUAAUUCAGGAUCCAUCCUGCGCCACCUUGGUGCUGUGCCUGGAGUGACCAUUCCCUGGCUAAACAUUGGCAUGGUCUUUUCUACCUCAUGCUGGUCUCGAGACCAAAAUCGCCUUCCAUACAUUGAUUACUUACACACUGGUGCUGAUUGCAUUUGGUACUGCAUUCCUGCUGAGGAGAAGGCUAAACUUGACAAAGUGGUGCACACACUGCUUCAGGCCAAUGGGACUCCAGGGCUGGAAAUGCUUGAAAAGAACAUCAUGAUCUCCCCGGAGACGCUGAGUCGCGAGGGGAUCAAGGUGCAUCGCACUGUCCAGCAGAGCGGCCAGUUCAUCGUCUGCUUCCCAGGGACCUUCGUAUCCAAAAUAUGCUGUGGUUACAAUGUUUCCGAAACUGUGCACUUUGCUACCACCCAGUGGAUGGACCUAGGAUAUGAGGCUGCUAAGGACCUAAAAUUUCGACGUAUAGCAAAACCUUUUUCCAUGGAAAAGCUGCUGUACCAGAUUGCAGCAGCGGAGUCCAAGCGGGAGAAUGGACAGAUAUUGAGUACAAUCGCUUCACUUCUCAAAGAACUCAGGGAUAUUGAGCUGAGGCAGCGGCAGAAGCUGUAUGAGGCUGGGUUGCAUUCCUCGGCUCGCUACGGCACACACGACAACAACCAGACACCAGCGGACGGCAAGAAGAAGCAGCGGAAGUGGCUGGCACUGGAGACAUCGGAGCGCCGCUGCCAGAUAUGCCAGCACCUCUGUUACCUUUCCAUGGUUGUCCAAGAGAAUGAGAAUGUGGUGUUCUGUUUGGAGUGUGCUCUCUGCUACGUAGAGAAACACAAGUCCUGUCGUGGCCUAAAAUUGAUGUAUCGCUACGAUGAGGUAACCGUCCCGCGUUCAACUCAUGUAAAGUUUAAAUUAUCAGAUUUCAUGGUAGCUUUUAUUAGACUAAAUGUGUGCAAUCUAAAUAUAUAUAACAUAAUAUUAGUGUGAUAAUGUUUAUUUUCA